GUACCCCGGCUACGGCCUGCUCCAUGGCAUCUCCUCCUCCUCGGAAUCUGCUCUGAAGGAGGUUGCCCUGACUGCCUUUCGCUUCAUCCUGGACGAGCUGAAGGUUGCGUACGAGCAGAUCAUCCUUUUCGGCCGAUCUGUCGGGUCUGGGCCCACUGUCUACCUGGCGAGCAGGUUUCCCGUCGGCGGCCUCAUCCUCGUGGCGGCCUUUGCUUCGGUCCGGGAGGCAGCAAAGUCGCUGGUGGGCCCCUUCGUGGCAAACGUCCUGGAAGAGCGGUUCCCAAACAUCGCUCUGAUAGGAAACGUCUCCUGCCCCACGCUGUUCAUCCACGGCGAAAAAGACAGCUUGGUGCCGCCAUCGCACUCGGUGGCCCUUUUCAAGCAGUGUCGGUCACGGAAGUUGCUGAUUACACCACCAGGCAUGGAGCACAACACAAACUUAUUCGUGGAUGCUCAGUACCUGGCAGUGCCUGCCAUCAACUUCUUCGGUCUUCCGGGCUAUCAGCAGGAGUCCCCUCCUCAGAUGCCAAGUCGCUACUUCGAGGACGGCAGACAGGCGUUCCUCCUCCGCAAGGCCGCAAGGAGGCCUCGGACAGAGCGGUGCAAGCACUUGCUGUGAAUGUCCGCAAGUCUGACUCAAGUCAAGACCUCGAGACUCGCUGCAAGGCUCUGGCCGCCGUUGUGGAGCUGCAAGCACGGAUUGACACUGAGCGCAAGAAGAUCGACACUGAGCGCAAGAAGAUCGACGAUGAGCGCCAGAAGAAUGAUGCCUUGGCAGGCGAGGUCAUUAAAAACCUGCACCGGGAAGUUCAGCAAGCCAAGGGCCUGAUGACGGCCCGUGGCGUAUUUGAGCGAGUCGCAGAACUUGCUUUCGUAGAGCAGGGCUGCAAGGUCAGGGUCAACACCUCCUUUGCAAUAGACCGAGCUCUCAACAAUCCGGACCCCAAAAAGCCAUGGUCGAAGUUCCUGUUCGACACGAUCCAAAAAUGCUCAGGAGAAACCGAGACCCAGAAGAUGAUCAACGUGGCGACGGGGAUAUACUCGCAGCUUUCGCAAGAAGUGCAUGGCAGCCCAUGGUCAGGCGUAGAAGUGAAGCUUUUGGGCCCUCUCGAUGGAACGGGCAUAUGUGUCAUAAAGGAAAUGUGUGAACAAAUGGGGCUUCCGCAUUCGCCACGCCCAUAA